AAGCACGACUUGUCUGACCGCUCAUCGCAGUUACGAUCGCGAUUCUCACCAUGACGGAUGCAUCUCGUUCCGUCGUCGCCGGGAGCUGCUGCCUCCAGUUGCUACCCCUCGUUUUUCUCCUCCUUGGUGUUGUCCAGGGAUACGAGGUGCCCAAGGCCCACAUCGAGGCAUUUUAUCCCAAGGGAUUCGAGGUCUCCAUUCCGCAUGAAGAGGGAAUCACACUGUUUGCCUUCCACGGCAAGCUCAACGAGGAAAUGGAGGGCUUGGAGGCCGGCACUUGGGCCAGGGACAUUGUCAAGGCAAAGAACGGGCGCUGGACAUUCCGGGAUCGAAAUGCAGUCCUCAAGCCCGGCGACAUUCUCUAUUACUGGACGUACGUUAUCUACAAUGGGUUGGGUUAUCGCGAAGACGACGGGUCGUAUGUGGUGAAUUCCUACAGUGGCAACAACACUUCACGACCUCCGCCCGUUCCCGUUGAUCCCGGCACAUCGUGGAGUUCUCCCGACGAUCCGGGCCUAGACAUACGAAUGGGAAGCUGCCAGAGUCCCAAGACCCAGGUGAAUGGAGCCCCCACUCGGUGUGUGGGUCAACUAGUCUUUGUGGAUGAGUUUAAUGGCACAAAGUUGGAUCCCAACAAGUGGCAGGCAGAGCGAAGGUUUUCUGGAGAACCCGACUUUGAGUUCAAUGUGUAUGUGGAUGAUGCUUCGGAGACCUUGUGCCUAAAGAACAGCCAAGCUAUUCUCGCCACGACCACUAUGCGGAAGCUCUACAAAAAGGGGCCGGAAGGAAAACUGGACUUGUCGUUGGAUGACCAUGUCUGUACGGGGUCGGCCAACACUCACGACUGCGUCCGUGAUGGGAGGACAAUAAGGGACGGAUUACCGCCGAUUGUCACGGCUCAGUUUACCUCCAAGCAGUCCUUCUCCUUCAAAUACGGUCGAGUCGAGGUGCGAGCCAAGAUGCCGCGAGCUAACUGGGUGACGCCGCAACUUUGGCUGCAGCCGAAACACCACGUAUACGGAACAAGCGACUACAAGUCGGGCCAGAUUAGGAUCGCCUACACCCGACCGGCCAACCGUAUGUUGGAUCUGUAUGCCGCCGCCGUCCUGUAUGCAAAUGAGCCCCUGCGUUCCGCGAAAAGCUGCUUAAAAGCUGGUACCGGCGACACCUCCGAAGACUGGAGCGACAGCUUCCACACCUACACCUUGGAGUGGACGCCAAAUCAACUGCGCUGGCUGGUCGACGGCAAGGAGUGGUGCGUCCAGGGCAGCGACAAGGGAGCCUUUAGCGAGACAACCGCCGGCGGCCAGCGGCUGGUGAAUGCCCAGAAACUGGAGGAGGGCACCGGACUGGCACCCUUCGAUCAGGAGUUCUACCUAACCUUUGGGCUGAGCGUGGGUGGUUUCAACGAGUAUCAGCAUGUGGUAAAGGAAUGGAACGAGCAGUCACCGCAGGCUCAAAAGAACUUCUGGAAUAGCAUCAAGCAACAUCGUGACCACUGGAUGGCCGAGGGCCAGAUGGUGAUUGACUAUGUCAAGGUGUAUACAUUGUAACCGAAUACAUAAAUAUAAAGAUAUACUUUAAAUAUAAACAAAUUUAA